CUCGCUAGUCAGCCGCUGGGCGCGCUGGGCUCCAAGUUUAGGCAUAAACUGGGUGCUUGUGUAUGCUUGGAGCCGCUGUGGUGGCUCGAGCAGAUCUCACUCUUGGCAGCAACAGCAGCAGCCACACACGUCGCGGGCCCUGGGGGCUUGUGCACUGAUGAUCUGGCUGCAGAGGCGGCGAUGGCGACGUUGGCAGCGGAAUGCUCGGACGCAUGGCCCUACAAGUGGCUGCUGCCGCUGCUGCGGGAGGUCCGUGUGGUGGAGCUGGUGGGGGCGGGGCUGCGGGUCACACCGCACCUGAAGGAAGCCAGCAGCAUCGGGGGCUUCAACGUCUUUGUGUCUUUCAUUGCGAGGUCCUGCUGCUAUGUGGCGUCGGCCUUCCCGGAGGAAGUGCGGAAAGCAGCUGGCGGCGUUGAAGGCAGUAGUCGCGGCAGCGCUGGUGCCUCUACACGCCUCAGUUCGCAGGGUGGCGCUCACGGCGGCUCAUCCGCCGCUUCCAGCCAUGCUGACAAAAGUGCAGCAGCAGCAGCAGCCGCUGCCGCCAGCUCGCACCUGCCAGGCUGGCACCCGCAGUAUUUGCGGGCGCUGCUGCCGGAGUUGAGGAGGAUCGGGCAUAUGGAUGAUGUGAGCAAGGUAGAGGCUCUGCUGGCAAAGCUGGAGGUCUGCGGUGCUACCGAUAGCGGCUGUGACGCCGGCAGGGACUCGGGGAGCGGGGGCGGAGGCGACGUCGGCAUGCCAGGCGGUGCGGAGCCCUUCCGGCCGCCGCCUGCUGCUGCCCGGCUGUUGCUGCCCGUGUGUUCCAACCCCUGCUGCGUGAACCUGGCUGGGGACAGCGAGGCAGACCUGCGGCUGCAGCCGUGCGGGCGGUGCGGGGCGGUGAGCUACUGCGGGC